AUGCAUGGAAACAGGGGUCCGCCGCAAAACCAAGGCCACAUGCAGAGCGGAGGGAACAGCAAUGGCCAACAGCCCGACUCUGAGCAGAGGAGCGUCAACGACUCCCUCACCCUGGACCUGCAAAGCUUUAGGAGGCCGGGAGAGAAAACCUUCACCCAGCGAUGCAGGCUUUUUGUGGGAAAUAUUUCUCCGAACGUGACCGAGGAGGAGUUGGAGACCCUGUUUGCAAAGUACGGAAAAGCAAGUGAGAUUUUCGUCAACAAAGAUAGAGGCUUCGGUUUCGUCCGACUGGAGACGAGGAUUAUCGCGGAGAUCGCAAGAGCCGAGCUCGAUGAUACUAUUUUCAAGGGGAAAGCUAUACGUGUCAGGUUUGCUACCCAUGGUGCAUCGCUUUCAGUCAAGAAUCUGCCAGAGUUUGCCUCAAACGAGCUCCUAGAGGAGGCCUUUUCUGUUUUCGGUCAAAUAGAGAGGUCAGUGGUGAUCGUGGAUGACCGAGGGAGGCCAACCGGGAAAGGAAUCGUGGAAUUCACCUCAAAACCAGCUGCAAGGAAAGCCUUGGAUAAAUGUGCUGAUGGUGCCUAUCUGCUCACAUCUUUUCCACGACCAAUUACUGUAGAGCCAAUGGAGCAACUAGAUGAGGAUGAAGGUCUACCAGACAAGCUCGUCAACAAAAACCAACAGUAUCACAAGGAAAGGGAGCAGCCUCCACGGUUUGCACAGCCAGGAACCUUUGAGUAUGAGUAUGCCAUGCGCUGGAAAGCUCUGAUGGAGAUGGAGAAGCAGCAGUAUGAGAUGGUGGACCGCAACAUGAAAGAAGCUCAAGAAAAACUGGAGACUGAGAUGGAUGCUGCCCAACAUGAGCACCAGGUGAUGCUGAUGAGGCAAGAUCUGAUGAGGCGCCAGGAGGAGCUUCGGCGGAUGGAGGAGAUGCACAGUCAGGAGGUGCAGAAGAGGAAGCAGGCCGAGCUGCGGCAGGAGGAGGAGAGGCGUCGCCGCGAGGAGGAGCUCCGCAUGCGUAAUGAGGAGAUGAUGAAAAGGCAGCCGGAGGGUUUCAGAGGAAACUUCCCUGAGGGCAGAGACCCCGACAUGAGGAUGCACAUGGGAAUGCCCAUGAACAGAAACUCACUGGGGGGAAGCACUGGGCAGUCUGGAGGGGCUGAGAGCAGCCCGGCUAUGUCCGGAAACGGCAACAUUCCUGGGGCAGCUCAGGGGGGCUUCCCCAGAGGCCUCCCUGGACCAGGGGACUAUGCAGUUCCCUCCAAACAGCGCAGGUUCUGA